AUGGCAUCGUCAUCUGUCUCCCUCAAGGCCUCGGCCUUCUCGUUUGUCGCUCUGGCGGUCGGACACACGCUCGGAGGAACCCAAUGGACCGCCGAACCAGCCUAUCGCACCAUCGCCGGCACCAAGCCCUGGGCUCUCGGCAUUGUCGGCUGGUACCAGGGAAGCGCCUUUCUCUUUACGACCGGCAUCCUCCAUUACCAAUGGGCCCGCAACCCCCGAGCCCUUCAGGAGCCUACUAACAAGGCCAUCGCCAUCAUUCUCAAUGCCGCGCUGUGGGCUAGCUCGGCGUGGUAUUUCAAGCAUGGUAUCAAGGAGAAUGGAUGGGUUGUCGGGGCUGCGGCUGCCUGGCAGGCCUGGUCGGUCGUAAGGGCUUGGUUGAAAUACUAG